AUGCUGAUAACACAAUCAGAAGGCGGAAUGAGUAUGCCAGAUUUGCAAGCUCUGAUUGAUCAAAGAAUACCCGAACAUCGUGCAAGCCUUGAAACGAGUCACAUAAAUUUGCAGAAUGUUGCUAAUUAUUGCGAGGAGAAUUAUAUGAAUCCACAGAACAAUGAGACAAGAGAACAAGCUUUGAGUAAAACGAAAGAAUUCGCGAUUCAAUCAUUGGCGAGUGUUGCAUAUCAAAUUAACACAAUGGCAAGGUACGUUUUAUUUUGAGUUUUAAAAGAAAAAUAAUUUUCAGAGAUUUGUUGGAUAUGUUAGAACUACAAACGGAGAAAGUAAAUUCACUUACAAAUCAAGUUCAAUUAGUGAACCAAGUUGUUGAUAUUCAUAAGGAAAAAUUGGCAAGAAGAGAAAUUGGAGUGCUCACCACAAAUAAAUCAAUAUUGAAACAACCGAAAAUAGUUGCACCCGCGGUUCAGGAGCCAAAAUCUCGUUAUAUGCGAACACCAAUUGAUUAUUCAGUUUUGGAUGGAAUUGGACAUGGUGUUCGAUCAAUUGAGCCACCAAGAAAUAAUUCAAGUAUGAUUUCUCGUGCAGCUUCGACAAUCUCAUCAAAUCCAAAUUCUCAUGAUAAUUAUGGUAUCUAUCAAAGCGCCGAGCGAACUGCAACAUUAGGAAGAUCUGCACUUCGAAGUAAUUAUUCAGCAGCUUCAGAUUAUCGCGUUCCUCAAAUCGCCAGUCAAAUGUCUCGACAAAUCAGUCAUGGUUCAGAUUUUGGUGAACAUAUGAGUAGUGGCCACAAUUCAUCAAAUGAUUAUAAUUCAAUGUAUAAUACAAGUGAUAGAUAUGGAACAAUUCGUGCGCAAAAUAUGCAAAGUAGAACCUCUUUAAUACCAUCAAUUGAUGGGCGGAAUAUAUCAGGAAGGGAAUCACCAACACUUCCAUUGCCACCGCCACAAAUACAAACACAACAUUAUGGUGGAUAUAUUGCACCAGGAAGUGUUAUUCAACAACAACAGGAUAAAUAUGGAACUAUUCGAGCAACAAGAAAUAAUACUGGUAAUACAUUUACUGAAAUAUAACAAUGAAUUUCGCAACAUUUCCUUUUCCAAUUUCAAUAUUUCUCAAAUUGCAGAUCAUCUUCCUCCACCUCCCCAAUCACUUUUAUCUCAUUCAACACACGAAGAUAUUUGUGAUGAUUUGCCACCUCCACCAGAAUCAGUUAGUGGAGCAUCAGCUUAUGGUGUUUUUGGAAUCGGAAAUGGAAAUAGUCUUGGAAAUGAUACACCGACUUCAAAUAAUUUAUUUGAUGUUUCUUCUGAAUGGGUUCCAAAUGGCGAAUAUAUUGAGAAAGGUGGGUUAUUUGAAUAAAAAAACAAUCUAUGACGUGGGAAAUCUAUGUCUAAAUGAAAUUCACUGAAAUUAUGUAAUAUUUGGGCCCGGGAACGAUCUACAGUAAAAAUAUACUUAUUUGGUAUCUCAAAAUUUCAGUAGAUUACUGUAUAUCAAUCACUUCGAGACCAAAAAUAAUAUUUCGUAAAUAUUAUAUAAAAUCGAAAUAUUUUGCAGCUCUUGUCCUCUACGAUUAUGAAGCCGAAAAAGCGGACGAAUUAACACUUCGUGAAAAUGCCAUUGUUUAUGUAGUUCGAAAAAAUGAGGAUGGUUGGUAUGAAGGAGUUCUUGAUGGUGUGACUGGUCUAUUUCCGGGAAAUUAUGUGCAAAAAAUACAAUGA